UAACCGGAGCACCGUAGAAUCUCUCUUCAAAAUGCUGAUUAAAACCAUAGGACUGCUGUUUCUGUUGACUGGUCAGGCUUGGAGUCAGUCCAUAAGCUUUCCUGUUUACACCGUGGGAAGUAUUGUCUCCGCCCUAACAGGAGGUGGUGGAGGAGGUGGAGGCGGUGGAAGCGGUGGAGGCGGUGGAGGAGGUGGUGGAGGUGGUUCUUCGAGCAGCAACAACAACAACGCUCAAGCUCAAGCAGCAUACGCAGCCAAUCUGAAUGCAUAUUACUACCAGUUGCAGCAGUACAACCAAGCUCUGGCUUUCUACCAAUAUAUUGCCUCUACCGCUAACAAUGGACAGGCUCCUGGCACGAACACUGCAGCUCCUGGCACGAACACUGCAGCUCCUGGCACGAACACUACAGCUCCUGGCACGAACACUGCAGCUCCUAACACAACCACUACAACUACAACUACAACAACUACAACUACAGAAGCACCAUCCACCUCCACCGCAGUGAUACCCUCGAACACGAAUACUACUUCAACGGCGACGUUAAACAACCGGUCUCGAACCACGCCACUGCCCUACCACUAUGUUGCCAGCCCACUGAUCAGUCCCUAUGAUCUGCACCGCAUCGGUUCCAACCCCAUUUAUGUCAGUGGCUCCGCAUCGGCGUCGUCUGGAGCUCAGUCCUCGCCAGUAUAUGUCCCACAAGAAAACAUUUAUCGUGGCGCACAACCAUCUCCUUACUUUGUAUACGGUGGAAAGAAAUAGAAUUCCGAUAAAACGAAAAAGCUUUGGUGUAACUUACAUAUACGACAAUUAAUUUAUUCAAUAAAAACAAACAAA